UGUUCAAUACUAAUGGCUCAUUAGCAAACCACUGAGUGCAGAUCCACACUCUCAGCAGUCUGGUCCAGCCAUGCUCUUCAAAACCGUAUUGGUAAUCCUCCUCUAUGUGUCAGGUGUUCUGGGCCGAAAUGGAUGGGGAGUGACUUACACUCCUGAGACAAUCUGUGGCUUAAAGGGGUCUUCAGUGGACCUGCACUGCAGUUACUUAUAUCCCACAUCUUACUCAGUGCAGAAAACAUUCUGGUUCAUUGACUGGGGAGCUUAUCGGGAGCCUUAUGACCUGUCCCUGGAUCCAGAGUACUCUGACCGUGUGGAGUACCUUGGGAAUCAUAACAAUGACUGCACUUUUAGAAUAAAACAACUGAGAGAAAGUGAUUCAAAAACAUAUCACUUCAGAUUCCUCACCUACUAUGCUGGUAGAAGUUAUUCUGGCAAACCUGGUGUCACAUUGGACGUUACAGCUCUACAGGUGAUAAUGUAUCCUGGCACAGUAACAGAGGGACAGAGUGUAACACUGACCUGUAGCACCACCUGCACUCUGACUGGCCGCCCAGCCUUCACCUGGUACAGGGACGGAUCUCCUCUGUCCUUCACCACCCAGACACACCAGCUCACAGCCAGCAGUGAAGAUAGAGGCAGAUACUCCUGUGCUGUAAAAGGCUAUGAGGAUCUCCCCUCCCCUGUAGUGGCUCUUACUGUGAACUAUCGUCCUAACAGUGUCCUCACUGUAUCAGCGAGCCCCUCUGCUGAAAUAGAGGAGGGCAGUUCAGUGACUCUGACCUGCAGCAGCGAUGCCAACCUACGAGUGUACAGUUGGAAGUGGUAUAAGACUGGAAUAUCUGUGGUAUAUCCUACAAGGAAAUCUUCAACACGAUCCUACUCAAUUGAACAUUUCAAAACCACAGAGGCUGGAGAGUACUACUGUGAGGCGGGGGAUCGUCAUAGGACAUUUACAUCUCCUCAUAUACAUCUCAAAUUGCUGUGUUUGAAGUUUAAAAUAACGGCUGACUCAGUGACAGAGGGAGAAAUGGUGACACUGACCUGUGAAAACAACUGCCCUUACAGUUACGGAAGCAGCAUUGAGUUCCGCAAAAACGGACAACGUCUAUCUAACAAUAACCCAAACAUGUUCAGAGCCAGGAGUGAACAUGCAGGAAACUACUCCUGUGGUCAAAGCAAUAAUCAGCAUUUAUCUUCCAAUGUAGUGUUUCUCCGAGUGAAAUAUCCUCCUCAGGGCACCACAGUGUCAGUCUCUGGUGAAAUAGUGGAGGGCAGUUCAGUGACUCUGACCUGCAGCAGCGAUGCCAACCCACCAGUGAACAGAUACACCUGGUUGAAGGGGAAUAGAACUGUAUCCUCAGAGACAGGAGGACCAGAGGCGCGCUACACCAUUAAAUACAUCACACAGCAGGAUGCUGGAGAGUACUACUGUGAGGCAGGGAAUUGGAUUGAGACACACAGAUCUCCUCCAAAAUUUCUCGAUGUGCAGUAUUCUCCCAAGAACACCUCAGUAUCAGUGAGUCCCUCUGGUGAAAUAGUGGAGGGCAGUUCAGUGACUCUGACCUGCAGCAGCGAUGCCAACCCACCAGUGCAGAACUACACCUGGUUUAAGAAGAAUGAAACUAGAGUCUGGCAGGCAGGAUCAGGACAGAGUCUGAACUUUCCUUAUCUUCAAUCCUGGAACAGUGGAUGGUACUACUGUGUGUCAGAGAACAGGCAUGGAGCUAAGAACUCCACUGCUGUGACUCUGAAGGUUUACUAUUCUCCCAAGAACACCUCAGUAUCAGUGAGUCCCUCUGGUGAAAUAGUGGAGGGCAGUUCAGUGACUCUGACCUGCAGCAGCGAUGCCAACCCACCAGUGCAGAACUACACCUGGUUUAAGAAGAAUGAAACUGGAGUCUGGCAGGCCGGAUCAGGACAGAGUCUGAACUUUUCUAACUUUAGAUCCUGGAACAGUGGACAGUACUACUGUGUGUCAGGGAACGAACUUGGAGGUCAGAACGCUACUGCGCUACUGGCCACAGUGCAAGAACCAUCGUGGCACAGUGUACAGACCUUCUGCCUGGCACAGAGCACACACAGAGCUCAUACUUCCAAGGCAGUCAAUAUGGAAGGGGAUUGGACAGAACUUGUGUGUGCAGUUGUUGGAAGCAUAGUGACGCUUGCACUCAUUUCUGUUAUUGUGUGGACGAAAUCUCAUUAGACCCAGCUCCUGGUCCAUUAUACCCAGCUCCUGGUCCAAGCGAUGGUUCUGUCCCGCCUGGACUACUGCAAUUCCCUCUUGGCUGGCCUCCCAGCAUCUGCCAUCAGACCCCUUCAACUCAUCCAGAAUGCAGCAGCUCGUCUGGUCUUCAACCUUCCCAAAUACUCACACGUCACCCCCCUGCUUACUUCCCUCCACUGGCUGCCUGUCAUGGCUCGCAUCAAAUUCAAAACAUUGGUGCUAGCCUUCCAAGCAGUUAAGGGGUCUUCCCCAGCUUAUCUAAAAAAAAUCAUCAGACCCUACACCCCUGCCAGACCUCUUUGUUCAGCCUCCACAGGCCGCUUGGCACCUCCCCCUCUCCGAACCUCCACAUCACGCUCACGACUACUGUCUGUUCUGGCUCCACGGUGGUGGAACGAACUCCCCGUUGAGGUCAGAACUGUAGAAACUCUCCCCACCUUCAAGCGCAAGCUGAAGACACACCUCUUCAAGCAGCACCUCUCCCCAUCCCUCCCUACCUCCCUGUGAACCUUAAUUGUUGUCUCUGUGACUUGCUUUUGUAGCAUGGUUAGCUCAGCUAGUUCGCUAGUAAGCACGGAUGUGCAGUGAAAGCGAAGGCUGGUAGCAGGUUAUCGCUACAACAUUCCCCGAUGACGUAACCCUCAAAUUCAAAAGAACGUUGUUGCCCUUGGCUAGAGGCGAGUUCGUCUUUAGCUGACUGGUAACGCGUUCGUUCUACAAAUAUUUGGACAAGUGAGAGGCCGGGGUUCAAAUCCCACCUCGGACUCAGGCAAUUUCUCACCUGUUAUAUUGGUGCCGUGACCCGGAUCUGUUGCAAGGGUGGGAGUAAAAAAAUAAAUAAAAAAUGGUUGCUGCAGAGUUUCACAUGGAGAAGGAAGUCAAAGGGGGGUGAGUGUAGCAUGGUUAGCUCAGCUAGUUCGCUAGUAAGCACGGAUGUGCAGUGAAAGCGAAGGCUGGUAGCAGGUUAUCGCUACAACAUUCCCCGAUGACGUAACCCUCAAAUUCAAAAGAACGUUGUUGCCCUUGGCUCAAGGCGAGUUCGUCUUUAGCUGACUGGUAACGCGUUCGUUCUAGAAAUAUUUGGCCAAGUGAGAGGCCGGGGUUCAAAUCCCACCUCGGACUCAGGCAAUUUCUCACCUGUUACACUUUGUGUAUCGGAAUUUUUAGUUGGCUAGGUAAGCAGUGUUUGGAUAGUUAACUUUGGUCACUUUUGCUCUGUUUGUUUGUUUCUUUGUUCUCAAAAAAAAAAAAGAAAAAAAAAGGGCCCUCGUCCUUAUCUUUGUUGUACAGGUAGCAGUUGAAAUUGUACUUCCCUCUAGGGUCUUUCAGCGAACUUAUCCCUGGUUAUGGGUAUGCACUUUGUUGUACGUCGCUCUGGAUAAGAGCGUCUGCCAAAUGCCAAUAAUGUAAUGUAAUGUAGAUCUAUAUGGGUCAAUUUUGACGCGUAGCACCACAGAUGUCAUAUAACAAUAUUGGAUGAUAAUCAUUGUUUACGUGAGUGUUUUGGGCAAAGAUAAAUCAUGGGUCAAAUUUGACCCGCUAACAAAAAAGGUGUGGGCAACUUUCUAACACGUUAAGAAGGUUAAAGUAAGCAUAUGCCAAUGACCCAAAAGAAGAAACACAGAUUGAAUUAUGAAAAUUCAAUUUCAACUUAAUCGAAUACUAAAUAAAUAAAAUAAAAUAAAAUCAUGAGACAAAGACUCCGACAAGACCACUUCGAACAAAACAGUAAAUCAGGCUAAUAUUUGGCUAACCAACUAAAGCAAAAUUAAGAAAAAUUAUACCUCAGGAAUCAAGCCUAGUUCAGCAGACACCAAUUCCUCCUUGAAUAAAAUAAACCUACCACAACUAUGCAAAGAAUAUGUACAAGUACUGAACGAACCAUGAACACAAACUGAAUUCCAGAACCUUUUUAGCCUAGCCUAAUUAUUAGCAACGGUUAACGAGCAGAUAACUAGAGUGGCUGUAAUUCUCAGUUGCAAUGCAACUGGAAGUAUAUUUUUUACCCACUGCUUUAUGAUAUCUCAUAUAAAGACAAUAUUUAUUUAUCUACAGAUACUUAAAAUGAACUGAAACUUAAAAUUGAAGAACAACUGUGUGA